AUGGCGGAUAGCCUCGCGAGGAGCUGUGCCCAUGCAGAGCGGCUCCUGGAGUCUUCAAGGAAGACGAUUGAGUCUCCAGCAGGGCAACCGCAGGAAGUGCUGGACUUCGAUGUGGAGAGCUGGCUUCAUUGGCGCCAGCUUCGGGCGAAGUUCAUGCAGGUGAAGCAGCAGGAGGCAUCGCUUCAACAGGCUACAGACACUGCUCGCACGGCUUGGAUGGAGCAGCUUCAUGCAGGAUCCAGGCGGCCCGAUGGUUCCCGCCGCACGUUUCUUCGUUUCCAGAGCGCCGUGGAGCUGGCGAAUCUCGCCAAAUUUGCGGCCAAGGAGGUUCUCCCUUCACCUGGGGACUUCUUCAGGUCAAGGCAGCUGUGGCCGCCCAGCGCGGGCCGCCACGAUGAUAGUCCCGACCGUCCAGUGAUGGAAGAGCUGUCCGAGACGUUCCUUUACAUUGCCUUGGAGAAGUGGCUCGGCCGACUCCUCGAAGAGUCCAGCAAAGUCGUCCCCGCUGCCGCAGCCGCUGCCAGGGCUACAGACGACAUGUCCAGGCAUUGCAAGGCGCCAACCAGGGAGGCCCCAGCGAGCCAGAGACAGACAGAAGAGGAAGUCCAUCCCUCUGCGCUCUUGCAGCACCUCCCUGGUGGCCCACUUGCUGUGAAAUCGGUGAUCCUGGCAAAGCAUCGAGCUCGUUCGAUGAAGCUGCAGGCGGAUCUGAUGAAGCUCUGCUGUGGCCGUAGCAUGCCUGCCAGAGCCAGCCUUCUCGAUGAGGUCAAAGUCCUGCUACAAGAUCUGCAGCAGGGACAAGCAGAUCCACAAGCCGCCCGAGAAGCGCUCGCGCGGGCGCUGAAGCUGCUGCGGCUGGCAGAGGCCUUGUGCUGCGAGCGCCGAAAGCUGCGAAGCUUCUGGCCGCUGCCGGAUGACUCCUCGAGUCAUGCACCCGUGGAUGCAAAUGAAGCUAAAGAAAACCGAAACCCGAAACCUGCCAUCUGA